AUGCCAAGCCGAAACUGUUAAAUAUUCAAUACUUGAUUCAUAACGUGUAUAUAUUGUUCAAAUUCAAAAAGAAACGCCGAUCACAACAGCUUACCGAUAGCAGAAACUCGACUAAAUUUAUACACCAGUUGAUAGCGUCGCCAGCUGUGCAGUUAUAAAAAUAAAUAAACAAACGAACGGUCCAUUUGCCCAUUGCAUUGUUGAGUCGCCGCAUUGGCCACUUGCGAUGCUGUUGUUGUCAACGUCAGCUGUGUCAUUUUGAGUGAGACGUGGUGCGCCAUAGAGAAAGAGAGAGCGAAAGAGUGUUGAAGACAGAAAGAGAGGAGCAGGUCGCUUUUUUUGUGAAUCCACAAACCCAUCGACAACCGUCAGUUGCAAUCUGUUUGGGGCAGAAGCAUGCGCUUUAAUGAACCGGAGUUGGCUAGCUUGGCAUCCAAUAUCACGACCAGAUUCGACAAGGAGGGCCUGCUCAUCAUAACGGAGCGACAGGAGAGCAUUUUCCGUCGCAGCGAUGUUAAGCUAGAAUGCUGGUGCAAGCUGCGUGGCAAUUUACUCUUCUAUCUGAAAGACAAGAAUCCAAAGUCAUCUGUUGCUGGCGCUGUGGUCCUUCAAGACUGCCAGCCGCGCAUCCAUAAUGAUGAGCCCGACUUGGAGGGCUACGUAUUCGAUUUAGACUUUAAGGACAGCCCCUCGCAACGCAUUGGGACGCACAGUGCAGCGGAUCGUCUUGAUUGGGUGCGCAGCAUUGAGGCGUGCUCUAAUGAACAAAUCGAUCUGCAGAUAAAACAGCUGCAGGAACAGAUUGCCGCUGCCACAACGACGACAAUGGGAAAUCGGAUUAAUCAGGGACUGCCGUUGCCAUUGCCAUUGCCAAUGGCCUCAACGAUGCUAACGGAUACCUGGCGAGCAUCGUCGUCGGCGCCAGCGGUUGAGGCGCCCUUUGAAGAUCUAGAGCUCUCUGAGCUGCCCAUCUGUGAAACGGCGGUUUCCUGUGAUAAUCUGCCACUAGACGGCUUCGGGCGUGCUCCAAAUCCGCGCGUCAUCUGCUCCCUGCUCCAGCCUGGCGAGGAUUGCAUCUGGCGGCAGCAUGCACGCACCGAGCUGCAGGAGCGCACCCGGACACCUCAGUUUCUAUGCACCAUUCGCUUCCUGCGCAGCGCCGGCUUCAAGGCGGCCACUCGACUCCUCUUCAGUGUGCACGAUGUGCGGGAGCGUGUCUCGCACACCUCGCUGCCGCUCGGCCACGCCGAAGUGGCUCUGGGUGUCAUUCAGGAUGCGACACGAUUGCGUCUACCUUUGAGUUCGCCGCGCGGCGAAUGCGGCUUCAUUACGCUCGCCUCAUGGACUCCCGAACCGGCCAUCGAGAUGUCCCACGCCACUGGAUUGGGCAAAACAAUGCAUGGCCUGACCCAGCCACCGCCACCACGCUCCACCACACAGCUGUUCGAGAACGGAGCAAUUAGCAGAAAGGGCGCCAGACAAAAGGGUCAUCGUCGCACUCAAUCGCUGCCAUUGAGGCUGGGCGUGCGACUGUUUGUGCCACAUCAGUGCGGCGUGGCACGUGUCUGCGCCAAUCCCUAUCAGCAUUCAUACCGUCUACAGUCAACACUGGGCGCAGAUAUAAGUGUGCUGGAGACGCUGCUCGAGUCGCGAACAUGUUGUGCGGUGCCGCAGCAGUUGCUCUCGAUUUGGAUACAGCGGGAGAAGGAGCUGCUGCAGGAGAUAUCUGGUAUGGGUGAGCUGAGUGGCGAGUGGCGAUGGCGUCAAAUGAAUCUGCUCGAGGAGCAUUUGCGCCUCCUCAAGGACUAUUCACAGGCCAAGCAGAACAUACAGCAGCUAAUGCGUGAUGGCAUCUACUACAAGCGUUCCGCUACCAAAACGGAUGAGGCUCUCGAAUUUCUGCCUGUCAAUCUGCACGUGCAGCGCAUGUGGGCACAAAAUGAUGCAAUGCAGCGUUGCGGCGUCCUCGACAUUAUCACGGUUGGCGCUUUUACGCGUCACGAUGCCAAGGGACGCAAGUGUGGCGGCCUUAUCAAGCUGCUGCAGGAGAGCAAGUCAUGGAAGCUGGAGCAGAGCAACGCAUGUAAGGUGCAGGCGGCCAACGAUGCCGUCCAGGCGACCAAGCAGCUGCGCAAGGAGAUCGUCGAGCUGAUGUCGCAACUGCUGCAAUUGGCCAGUCGACGCAGCGCACGUGAUAUGAUGCCGCUGUGCAACGAGAUGGUGAGCAAAACGCGUACGCUGCUCAACAUUUGGGAGCCGAGUAUUGUGGAGGAGGCGGUCACAUUUCUUGAGCGCCAUCGCAUCAUCGAGGAACCGGACAAUGUGCUGAUGGAGCCGAUGUCGCCAUUUCGCAAGAUUACCCAGCAGCUAAGCGCCCUGGAGCUCAAGUCACCGCAACUGGAGGAUUUUGCGACACCAGUGGUGGCGCCACCGGAUCUAUGGCCACGCGGCCAGCCGCUAAUGCGUUCGAACAGCUGGCAUCCGAGCAGUUGCUUAUCGCCAUCCAGCUCGUUGGACAUUAAUGCCAUUGAUACGCUGCAGCAUGUCGUCAAAUGCUACAAUGCGCAUCUGCGCAGCCUCGAGCAGCGUGAACCGCUGGUUCCUCGCUGCGGCGGCGAGCCGUCAUCUCUGGCCGAGGUCACAUAUCAAUCACUACCACCCAGCUUGCAGGAUCGGGUGGAGAUGCGUGGAUCGCAGCCACCAGCCGGAUUUCUCGAUACUAAGUUGAUGAGCUCCUCGCCAUCGGCAAACUACUACAGGCCCACGGAGGAACCAGAGCCGCUCGAUCUCACCCAGCUAAACAUUGAGGCAAGCGUAAUGUGCCUAGUCAGCAAGCUGAAAUUCUUUUGCGGUCGCUGCGACAGUCCCGCCAUACGGCUGCGGCAUCCCAGGGAGCCACUUAAACGCGAGGGCUUCACAGUGGCGCCCCAGCAGACGCCCGAUGUGAUUACUGCUGCGCCUCCAUUACUCUCGGCCGGGCAGACGACACAGCAACGGAAACUGGAUCUCGCAAUGCCUGCGGCAGCAUCAGCAGCGGCGCCUGCACCCAAAAAGGGCAACAAGUUCACCGACGGACUGGAUCUAUCGUUGACCACCGACUGGGUGGGUGAGCUACGUCCCAGCAUGCGCAAGCUACGCCAAGCCAUGGAUCGUCUAUUGAAAACGGCACGACUGAUGCACUCCGUGCAGCGGCUGCAGCAGGAUGUGCGCUGCAAUCGCCUCCAGGCGACCAUCACCUAUCGCCGGGAUGUGUGCUUCUCGCAGGCGUUGACGUCUUUGGUCAGCGCCCUGAUGCUCCGCCUGUGGGGCAGCGAGAUGGAUGACGCCUAUUUGUCGUUGCUGCGCGAACUCGGUCCGCUGGCGUACUUUGAGGGUCUGCUGUCGCUAUAUGGCACCGAGAUUGACAUGUGGAGCGAUAUGUGCAUUGCCAUUGAGGAUUUGUCAUCGGUUGGGUUUACACUGGUGUCGUCGUCCGGCGAGACAGCGCCCAUGCCGCGCAUAACGGGUUCGAGGCAGGCGCUGGAGGUGAUGCUGCCCACGCCGCAGCAUGUGCUGGCCAGCGCUGGCUGUCUGGCUAUUAACUUUAAGAUCACGCCCGUAUUCUUUAAUAUUGGCAUCAACGAGAAGGCGACGCUGGGUCAAACGCACGAGCAGCAUCGCUCCAAUUUGGACAAUUAUUUGCGGAUCAGCCAGUACUUUAGUCGCUAUCGCAAGCUGGGCAUGAAUGCGACAGCCUCGGCGGAUGCCAGCUACGGUGAUUAUGAGUUGCAAUCGCUGCUCAGCUAUAUGGAGCAGCAGCUGCGCGCGAAUGUGUCCAAGAACGUGAGAAUUCUGCAUCUGGCCGAAGAUGCGUGCCGACUGAUGGGUGGCCUGCGCUUCACGUCCUGCAAGAGUGCCAAGGAUCGCACAGGCAUGGCUGUCACCCUGGAACAAUGCCGUGUCCUAGUUCGCGAAUUUCAUCUGCCUGCUAAAAAUGUGCCUUAUGCGCUCAGCACCAUGCGCAGCGAGGGCACUCGCAUGGAUAAUGUGUUUAAGAAUAUUGGCAAGCACAAAUACGCUUUCAAUUUGCCUCAGGUUAUAAUGCUGCCGGCCAUGUAUAGGCCACCAGUGGGCGCCUAUGGUAAAGCCCAGACCUAGGCCCAAAAGAUUUGAACCUCCAGUUACAAAUUUGUUUUAGGCUAAGUGACGAAUACUUAUGAGAAACAUAUAUAUAAAUAUAUAUGUAGUAUAUAUAGUAUAUACAAAACAGUGCCAAAAAUCAAAGAAACAAAGCAACACAAGUCAACCACAUCAAUACAAAUACAAAAUCCUAAUAAUCAAAAUCAAAGUAAAUCAUCACACAUUCAAAUGAAUGA